CUUACAUACGGCGUCCUGCAGCUGUCAUAACUUUAAACUUACAAGCACCCAGCUGUGACACCCACAACUUGAAUUCCUUUGAUGCGUCAGCGUCCAACGACUUUAUCAUGAGUUCUCGCCCACACACCGCCGUUGUGGCCAACGCGAAGAUCUUCCCGGUCUUUGCAAAUAGGCUCGCAUCACACGACCUCAACGAGUACAUAAACACUGCCAAAAAGCUGAAGAACUGGUUGGGCUCCGAGAAAGCAUACUAUCCUGACGCUCUACGUAAUAUCGUUUUGCUCCUCGAGAUUGCCCAUCAAACCUUUACGAGAAGGUUUCUCCCAACAGAAUCGUCAGCACUUGCUGUGAUAGAUAUAUAUCAGGCUUUAAUUCGCGCCGUAAUUCCUUUCAUACGGUUUUUUACAGAGGAGGACCUGCAACGUACGUGUUGAAUCUCGCUAAGUGUCCGGCUGUGUCGAUCGUCUUGUAGUCCGACUCCAAGACUUGAUCCAAAGUUCUUCUGAGAUUUCGACUAA